UGUGUGUGGGCAGCCUAAGAGAUUUGUGUUCCUAGAACAAAAUUGGCACCAUUGACAUUCAUCAUCGUCAAUCAGCUAGUCUAUCAUUUAUGGUAGAGGAUUUUCCCGUUUUGACAUUUGCAAUAUAAUUAUACCUGUGUGAUGUUAUUUCGUGUUUCAAUUUGUGAUCAUUCAUCAUCCGCCGUUCUACUUUUUGUUUUUGUGUAACUAGUGUGUCUGUUUAAAAAAAUAAGGUCCCUUCCCUAGUUAAUAAUUAUUACUGAAGCUUGAUCAAAUGUAUUCUGUGCAGAACUGCAGUUUACUCAGUAUUCUCUAACUUUAGUUUGUCGUUCGUACGCUACGUUCACGAUAAGUGCAUCACUGGUUCACUUCUGGGAAGUUCUGGGUAGAUUACUUCACUAUGGGUGAUUAUGAAAUUCCACAAUACCCUAAGAAUGGAAAAUGGAGUGACACAAAGUGUCUUUUAAUAGCAUCUCAAGAAUCCUUUCCAGCAAUUGUAAGAGACCCAAAAGUUCAGAAAAACAUCAUAAGCCGUUAUCUGAAUUUUUAUUUAGGUGGCAAAAUUCAAAAAGGUUUGACCGCUCGAGACCUGGCAUUUGCAGUUAUAUCAAUACUGCCCAUAUCCUUAGAUUCAGAAGAGUUUAUAUGGACAAAAUCAGAAUACAGCGAUGAUGGCAAGUUAUUUUUUCUCACACCUGAAGAUAAAUUAAAAUAUGAAAUAGAUACUGUAGUUAAUAAGAGAACUAUUUUUAAAAAUGAAGAACAAUCCUUGAAUGAUGAACAGUUUGCAGCUGCUGCAGCAGCUGAUGAAGCUGAUGCUGAAGAGGAACAAAACAUAAACAGAAUAGAUUUAAAUAAAGAAGCUAAUAAUAGUCCUGAUAAAACUUAUGACACUGAUGAAGGUGCAGAUAAGAAAUCCCAUUUAAUUAAGCCAUUUGACAAUCACGAAAAUGAUAUGACAAAUAAUAGAACAUCUCCAAAAUGUAUACCAUUUGUAGAAGACUUACAAUGGUAUAGACUAAAACAUGAUAUUAGAACCAGUUUGAUACCCGCCAAUGAACAAAAGUAUGGUCCUGUUGAAAAUGCAGCUUUCUGUAUUUAUUUUAACAGUCUCCUGGAUACAUGGGACACCAAUGUGAGCUCCAGAAUUACCUUAAAACAUUUUUUUGGAUUGGUAGCUUUAUUUGUUAUGAGAGGUAAAGCUAAAACAUUUCACAACCUAACAAGAUAUUUUUCUACAAAAUUUAACAUUGAAUUUUUCACAGAAGUAAAAUGCUACACUGCUCCUCAUAAAGGUUUUGUUAAGAAAAGCUGGAAAACUUUUCGGGAGAGUGAUUACAGAACGCAAAUUAUGUUUGCAAAAUUGGUAAUCAUUUCUUUAUUGCAUCCAAACAGACUGAGUAAGUAUGGCAAAAAUAAUAUAAUAAAAUUUGCUAUCUUAUCUCAUACAGCCUAUUGUAGAAUGGGUAUCAUUAAUAUGUUGCAACAGCUUGCUAGUGUUAACAAUGCUGAAUUUGAGACUUUUUUUAAAGCCUUAUAUUGUGAGGAGACUGCAGCAUCCUGGGGAAGAGUGAAUGAGUUCUUUAAAAAAUAUUUGAAUAAGGAAGCAAAGCAACAUACAUUUCAUUGGGCUGGUUGUAUAGAGAGUGAUGCAUUUCAGGAUCUAUCCUGUAGCAACAACUUCAAGCUUGCUGUUGUAGUUGCGGUUUUUAUUGAGAAAAUUACAAGUAAUGCGGGAGUGUGGCAGUCAGCAUGGGUCUGUAAAGGAACCGAUCUUGAGAGCUGCAAGCAGCUUGGAUAUAAAAUAUAUGAUGAUUAUAGAGCAAUGUGUUCAAACAAAUUAGAAUACGAACUGCUUUAAAAUAAAAAUAAAUUGACUCUCACAAUUAACAUAUCAUAAAUUAACCGUAUGAAAUA